AUGAGUACGAAUACGGAAAUCGUAAAAGGUAGUGAUUUGCAAGGUUUAAUCGAUAAUAAGAGGAGAUUGGUUCAUGAAAUUAAGGAAUUCGAAAAAUCUAUUAAGCCCUUAGAGUUUGAAUCGUACCAGGAUUAUUUUUUAAUAAAAACGUUUCAAAAAGGAAUAUCUGCAAGUGGUCAUGUGGACAUUGAUAGUUUGAGAAAUAAAGAAUAUGGUAUUUACUAUAAAAAAAUCAAGAGAAACUCUACACAAGAUGUUGAUACAUCUAUCCCACCUAAUCCAUCAUCCUCAUCCUCUUCUACUAGAUCAAACUCAUCAAUUGAUAUUAGUGAUACAGAAUACUCAGGUAUAAACACUCCUAGUACUGCUGGCGCCAGCAGUCGAAGAAGGCGCACCAGGUCUCAAGCUAAUCAAAGAGAAAACAGUUUACCAGCAUCAUUACCCUCAAUUAGCGAGAUCAGAACAGACAAUGAUGAUGGAACCAUUUCAGAUUUAAAUGGAAGCGAAAUACCAUUUCCUAUACCAGUUUCAGAAGUUGAGAAUAUUGAUAUUGCUUCAGAUAUAACGGAAAGGGAUAGUGUGAGAAGAAGGUCAUCAAGAAUAUCGGAAAGAGACAAAAGACGCUCACAAUCUAGAUUGGGGUCUGAAGAAGAAGAUGAGGGGGACGAACGUGACAUGGAUGAACGGGAGACAAAAAUACAAGAUCUUUAUGAAAGUUUGGUACCUAAAAUCUUGGAGCCACGCAGAAGGUCAGAUUGGAUCUUGCCUCCGAAGGCAAGAUAUACACCAGAGAAGCAAAUGAGAACUAAACCAUCAUUCAAGAGCGUAAAAAUUAAUGAACUUAUCGGCAAUAAAAGAAUACGAAGCAUAUUAUCGAGAUUUGAAGGUGGUGUGGCUGGUAUACGCAAAAAAGAUUGGGAUUCUACCCAAUAG